AUGACACCACAGCGCACCACAUCUAUCGACUCGACCGUAUCAUCGAUAUCCUCGCUCACAUCUGCUACACCACGCGCUCACGGCAGCGCCGAUCGCGUGCCUCAGGACCAGGUUGAAGACGCUGCCACGCUGAUCGCAGCUGCAGGUUCAGCAGAAGCAGCUCUACAAAAGGUGCUCAAUGAGAAACAGCAGGCAGCCUCCCACAACGCGCAGUUAUGGCGGCUGGUCGAAAAGCAGCGUACAAUGAUCUUGGGAUUGAACAAGGAUUUGGAGAAGUCUUUGAAGGAGAAGGAGCGCUAUCGAAGGAAGCUCAAAGAUCACCUCGCGCAAUCGAUCUCUGCGCCUGCUUUGAUAUCUGCGCAGGCUAGCGGCUCGGGUUCAAGAGAGGCGAGCGUGUCACCAGCAGGGGACGCAGCGUCAGGAUAUACCACUAAGACUCUCCGGAAGGGCAGUGACGGCACUGAAAGUCUUCUGUCAAAGUCCAGUCGAUCUGAUACGCCUUUGGAUGCUGGAAUCAUGUCCACUUCAGUGUUGCUGCCUGCAUCUCCGCAGUCGUCCAGCAGCACAAGCGCAGAGUUUCGGAUGGCUGAUCGCGAUGGAAGGAACCAGUUCGACACAGCGCCGAGAAUUGGGAAGAACGUAUCAAUCCCUGAAACCAUCACUGCGGCGCAAUCGGCUGCAAUCUCGCCUUCUUCGCAGUCCUUUUCCAGUCCGAAGACGAGAAAGGCUCCCCCCGCGCCGUUGAAGCUGAACCCGCCCAAGCCCGAACCGCAAGUGAGGAACAACAUCAUCGAUGCUUCGGAUUCUGAAUACGAGGAGGAUCCAGAGAGUGCUCGUGGAGAGUAUCUCGAUCGCGGUCCAAGACAGCGAGUCUUUGAGGCUACAGCUACCCCGGCCGACAUCGUGCGCAAUCGAGCCGUUUCAGAUGCUACGGCAUUGCUGCGAAAGAAAGAGCCUCCAGCGGCAAUGUUGAGCCCUGGCCUGCCAAUGAGUCCGCGGCCCAGCGACCGGCCUCCAAAUUCUCCCAUGCCACGCUCGAAUGUUUCAAUUCCGAUGUCGCCCAAACAUCUCCACCCUUAUCCUCAGGCUAUGUCCUCCGUUGCCGAGCGACUUAUGCCACCAGGUGAUGGCUCUCCUGGUAGCGAGCGGCCAUCGACGUCGAGCGAACGUACCAUGUUCACCCCAGGUGAGGUCUACCAAGGCUUCAUGAGCGACCAGUAUCCGGGCUUACUCCUACCCCCAAACGCGCUUGCUUCCAUCUAUGUGAAGACAGCAUCAUCACGCAUGAGGCCAUCUCGUGCAAGCUUCAUUGCUCCCAGGCCGGGUGAUGAGAAUCCCGUCUUCACGCUGGCGGUGCAUGAACGAUCUGAAGACAAACAAUUAUGGCGUGUGGAGAAGACUUUUGCAUCACUGGCACUCUUGGAUCAGCAGGUAAAGGCCGUUAUAAAACUUCGCGAUCGCCUCCCCGACAAAGCUCUCUUUGCUGGCCACGCGCCUGCCAAGAUCGAUGCAAGGAGAAUGGCGCUGAACUAUUACUUUGACCGUAUGCUGGACGCCAUGGUUGAGGAGAAAGCGGCCUUAAUCUUCUGCAAAUUUCUCUCUACGGACGCGGUGGGUGGAGAUGGAGAUUACUUUGGUGGCCUUGCGGAUGCGAGACCCGACUCUCCCGUCGCACAGCUCCGACCAAACAGAGCAGGAUAUCUCACCAAGCGGGGCAAGAACUUUGGUGGUUGGAAGGCUCGCUACUUUGUUCUUGAUGGCCCGAGUCUGAAGUACUUUGAAGGACCCGGCGGUGCUCACCUCGGAUCGAUCAGGCUGCAGAAUGCACAGAUCGGCAAGCAGUCAUCGACCGUGGCUCAGAGCUCGCACGAGGACGAAGACAACCAGUUCCGGCAUGCAUUCUUGAUUCUCGAGCCUAAGAAGAAGGAUUCCACCAGCCUCGUUCGUCAUGUGCUCUGUGCGGAGAGCGACGAGGAACGUGACGCAUGGGUCGAGGCGCUUCUACAAUAUGUCGACUACCGGGAUGAUGAGGACACCAAUCUUGCCCAGCAAGCACAACAGUCAAAGACCGAAGUCAUGCCGCGUAGUCCCCGUUUGCGAAAGUCAAUGAACGACCUUCGCUCUGGUUCUGGAAGUUCUCAAGGCACUGGCAACCGAUCUGCUGACCUAGUCCGUACCGUCAACUACAGCGAAGUCGCUGCUGGAGAUGCGCCUAUCAUGGGUAUGAAAAGCCCGCUCGGUAGUGCGACACCUUCACCUCCGUAUGACAAGACCAGCAGUGCCGAGCAUACAGGUCACAAUAUAUCCGGACCGACCAAUCUCCAAGUCAUUCAAAACACUGGUGACUGGGGCAUGAAGGCACCACCGACGCCUGGUGGGAAGGACAAGAAGCGCAGCGUCUUCGCACUCCCAUUCACUCGCGGGCGUUCAUCUUCUGAUCUAAUGCCUGGUGAAGGUGUCAAGUCGCCGGGUCUGCCGCCUGACAAGUCGAGUUUAUCAAGAGCAGUCUUUGGUCUCCCGCUUGCUGACGCUGCUGCCAUUACUCCAGCUCCCGACGGCGCUUCGGAGCUUCCUGCAGUCGUGUAUCGCUGCAUUCAGUAUUUGACUUUGAAGAAUGCCAUUGCAGAGGAGGGCAUCUUCCGAUUGUCGGGGUCCAACACUGUCAUUCGCGCGCUCAAAGAUCGGUUCAAUACGGAAGGGGACGUCAACCUUGUCAUGGACGUCAACUCCUACGACGUGCACGCCGUGGCAAGCUUGCUGAAGCUGUAUCUGCGUGAGCUUCCAGCGAGCAUUUUGACCCGAGACCUACAUUUGGACUUCCUUCAUUGUCUGGAACUAAUAGGUGACGAGAAAAUCUUCGCGUUGAACAGUCUUGUCAACCGACUGCCGGGACCGAACCGUGCGCUGCUCGAGGCGCUUUCUGCGUUUAUGCUGACAAUCGUGAACAACGUCGGCGUCAACAAGAUGAACGUCCGCAAUCUCGGCGUUGUCUUCUCGCCUACAUUAAACGUCCCGGGCCCGCUCAUUUCCCUCUUCGUAGAAGAGCAGCACCGUAUCUUCGGCGACGAGCUUCCUCUAUCGGAAUCGUCAACCCCAACAUCUUCAGCGACUCGCCACUCACCUGCCUCCUCCACCGACCUCCGCUCCCCUCGCAAGCAAAUGUUCACCGACCUCCCUACCCCAGCAUACAACCAAACCGCUUUCCAGCACGGGCCCGGAGGCGCACCACUCGACGAUACCGGCAUGGUCCCUCUGAAUCCAGCCUAUGCCUACCAUCAGAUGGCUCCACAAGACGCGAAGGCAAAGCGGCGAGAGAGUAGUCUGCUGGUUGCAGGGGCUUACAGCUCUGGCCCACAGAAGAAGAGUAUACAUGACAUGCAUGCUUUGUAG